AUGCGUUGGUUAAUAGUGGCUGCAGUGUUGUGUGUUGCGGCGGCGGCGGCCGAGGGUGAGCGCGGUCGCAUCCGUUACGGUUUCUACCGCGGCGUGGGCGGCAGCGGCGUGUGGAACGCUGAGGCGGAGCUCAGUACACGACGCGUGUUCGGCGGAGAGGCCACAGACCUGUCUGUCUUUCCUGCUGUGUGCGCUUUGCUCGAUCGUUACUGGAGUACGCGGUGUUCGUGCGCGGUGGUGGCGCCGCGCUGGGCGCUCACCGCCGCCCACUGCGUGUCCCCGCGCGUCAGCUACGUGAAGUACAACGCGCGCCGCCCCACCGCGCCCGACGGGGACGUCGCACCUGUACACUACCUCUACAGGCACCCUGGAUACAAGGUGGUGCAGGAGGAUGAAGGACGCGGUGUGGACGUGACACUACUCCAUCACGACGUGGGUCUGGUGCGGUCACGCGUCGACAUGGUCCUCGCGACCCCUCCCAAUACUGACCCACUGCACACCAUGCGUUUAUACAAUCCUGUCGACCUCAAGAACGAGCAAGUGAAGGUGCUGGGCUUCGGUCGCACCGAGCGGUCGGUGCUCGGCGAGGAGUUGUUCGUGGUGCGGCUGCAGCUGGUGUUCUGCGAGCGCGGCGCGUGGUUCCACUGCGUGUGCGGCGUGGCGGCCGGACGGGACCCGCGCGGCGUCUGCUCCGGCGACUCCGGCGGACCCGUCAUAUAUAAGGGAGCGCAGGUGGGCGUGACGUCAAUGGGCCCGAUGGAAUGCACGCCCGUGAGUAGCAACACUAUCGGCAUCUUCGACGGCGGGAACUCAACAAAUAGCACAUCGAGUUUGAUCCGCAUGCCGCCGACGGGCGCCACGAGCGUGUUCACGUCGCUGUAUAACUAUGCGGACCUCAUUAACGCCACCAUACACGAUACAGAGCAAGCGCUGCGCAUGCGCAUGCUACCCGCAGCGGCAAUCACACACGGCAGCUUACCGGUAGCUGUGUUUGCGUUGACCGCGAUGCAACUUAUAUUGCCGGCGCGGUAAUAAAGUAAAUUACGUUUUUUAUUUUUUAUCUUCAUUGUAAUAAUUUGAAUAUUUUUUUUUAUUCGAUUAGGGAUGUAUUAAUAUAAAUCGCUUAACAGAUCAUCGACAUAUUAGAGCUUGAUAGCGCAUAAUAAAAUAAUUUUUACCUAUAAAAUAUUCACUUGCCUCAUGUGUUCCGAUAAAUUUUAAUAUGACUUUUAUUGCAAAACAGACUAAAUCAGACUUUAGGAAAAUUAGGUAAUAAACACCCAGUUGCACAAACCUUCAUUAAAAUCUUCAUUAGUUCAAAGGGACAUUAUCGAUACAAAAUUUCAUGUUUAGAACAUUCAUUAGAGUUUAAAGUAGUCAUUUAACUUUAAUGGACAUUUGUACAACUGCCUGAAACCAAGACAACGGUGAAGACACGAUUUAAUAUUAAUAAGUUUUCAAAAAAAAAACCGAUUAUAUCAAACUUUACUUGAAGCUACUAUGAGAACAAUCAUGAAAUAAAGCCUUAGCAAUAAAAGAGGAAUAUCAAAUCGGUUUACAGCCGACGGAUACAGGCCGAACUGUAUAGUUGUAGUAAUCAUUCGUGUACAAAGUUGUGAUAUACGUACACGUGCACUGACCGGUGUGAGGGGUCGCCGCCGCGGCCGCAUCGGAUCUGUAACAAACACAAAAGCUCUUGUCACCAUUUAUGUAUUGUAACAAAUUACAUGUUAUCUGUAAAUACCACGUCCACACGCGUAGUAAAGCUCUUAUACUACUCUACAUAUCAUACGAUAUUAUUUUCAAUUACAAUAUUUAUCAUAAUUACAAUGCAACAAAGGUUGCAUUACACUUUCAUAUGCGUUAGACGUAUAAAGUCUAUAUUUAAUGACUACUUACAUAUGAGACAUAUUAUCCUAUCUUAUUUUACUAUGAAUAAAAUUAAAUAAAUUGAAU